UUUUUUGGUUCAUUUGCGGUGCUAGACGUUGUUUUCUUUGUGAAGAAGUGUAUUUUUCUCUGUGAAAAAUGGAAAGUGAUGAUGGAAAAGCCCACAAAACUGAUAAUACAGAAACAGAUAAGUACCAAAUUUACGCUUCUGCUGUGUUCAUCGUGGUGAUCAUUGGCAUCGGCGUGCCGAUGUGGUGGAAAACGACUGAAGUUUAUCGAGUUUCUUUGCCAUAUGAAGGCAUCAAUGAACUGCAUGACACGCCAAUCAGACCAGUUUCCUCAAUUUUCAUCUACACCAAAGACAUUUCGAGGGCAAAUCUGUUGGUUGGAGAAUUGCAAGGAUACUUUCUGAACACUUCGCUUCUAACAGUAGACUUCAAGGCGAUUUCACUGUCUGAGGAUGAAGUUGCUGGUGUAAAAACUCCGGCCAGUCUUGAGAAUAAGAUCCUGCAGAGAUAUCCUGUGAAAGUGGGUGAAUUCCUCUUUGCUGAGUGGUCUCAACUGAGUGAGAAGGAAUCGAUUGUCGUGACUGCAGACAGGACAGCAUUUAUUGCACCUGGAACGACUUCAACGAAAAUUGCUCAGGUUCUGAAGACGUGGAUAUUCCAAGAGUUCAAGAUCAAGAGCAUCCUGAAUAGCAGGAAUAACAGUAAAGCGCUGAGGCACAAAACGGCCGCUCCUCAGUCGCACUAUGACAUCCUCAUCACUAUCAUGAAUCCACGUCCGGAUCUGCAGAAUGUGAAGUGGAAUGUUCGCUAUGCUGCCGAAAAUUAUAUUACUCCGUUUCUGAAUGAGAUCAGCGUCUUGUCGAACUUCACGCUGAAGACGCAGUGGAAAUAUCAAGUGCCUUUUCAGUACUCAUCCAAGCAGAUACACGACAACAGUACGCUGAAGAGGCACUUUGCACUGGACGAAGACUCGCUGCCGCACAUUGUGACAGCCGUGGAGAAGAACAUCGGUCACGAGAUAUCGAACAAUCCCUGCUUCCAGCUGGUCGUCUAUGUGCCGCCGUGCAGCAAGGCGCCAGUGUAUAUUUACAACAAGAAGCGCGAGCGAGCGACGCUGAACAACAUCGAUGCCUUCCUGUCGCCCAAGUGGGGCGGAAUUGUGAUUGCGAAUCCGGCGGAGCGCGUCUGUGUGAAGUAUAUGGAGGAUCAACAGAAGGUGGACGUUGUCAUCAAUUCCAAUGAGAUUUCCCUCACGCUGCUCUAUUUGCUGCGCAAACUGACGGACAUCGAUGUCGAUAUUCCCAUAAGCGAGGCGACCAUGACUGAGAUCACCAGCAUUUCUCCUCGCAAAUGGGAAGUUGAUGUGUACAUGAGAAACAGCGCGAUUCAUCUCAUCCAAUCCUCCAUCGUCACGCUCAGUUCCUUGACAAGUCUGCUCAAGGACAUCAGCUACAUUGUCAUCAAUGAUGCCGUCGGUCAGGCCGUCGAGGACUCUUAUCGCAAUAUCGUGAAAGCCUUGACGGCUCUCAAGGCCAACGAUCUGCAUUUGGCGGUGAAUUUGGCGAAGAAAGCACAUGAAGCCUCAGAAACGGCAUUCUUCGAUCCCAGUCUUCUGGCUCUGCUUUACUUUCCAGAUGAGCAAAAAUACGCCAUCUACAUUCCGUUGUUUUUGCCAGUCCUGAUUCCCGUGCUGAUGUCCAUGAAUGCCAUCAGGAAGUCCUGGAGCAAAAGGCAAGCGUCAGAAGCUGAGAAAUCAAAGACUGAGUGAUGAAAUAAAACCUCCUCGUG